AUGUACAUACCCACUCAGUGGUUAAGAGGCAGCUUCAAGUACCUGGUGACAAACAAAUUGCUCACACAGAGACAAGAAAGAAGAGUAGUGGUGAAAAUGAAAGAAAAACUGGCCAAGGGAAACCCAAGUGCUAGUGAUAGAGCUCAGGAACUGGAGCAGCUGAAGAGAACAGGUAAGAGAAUUGCUGAGAUGUGUAUGCAUUAUGCUUUAUACAUCUCGGGUCUCAAGGACCUUGCUAACUCCAGUCAUUCUUGGCGAAGAGACAGCACCGACAGUGGGGCCAGCACAGUCCUAGAGCAGGUGGCGAGGGCAGCCUUUGCCACAGAUCAUGUAUCAGUUGGAGGACUCGGAGACAGCUUUUAUGAAUAUUUGCUAAAGGCGUGGUUAAUGUCUGACAAGACAGAUCUAGAAGCUAAGAAGAUGUAUUUUGAUGCUGUUCAGGCAAUUGAGGCUCACUUGAUCCGCAAGUCUAGUACGGGGCUGACUUACAUCGCGGAGUGGAAAGGGGGCCUCCUGGAACACAAGAUGGGUCACCUGACCUGCUUUGCUGGAGGCAUGUUUGCACUUGGGGCCGACGACGCUCCCACGGGCCUGACCCAGCACUACCUUCAGCUCGGGGCUGAAAUUGCCCGAACCUGUUAUGAAUCUUACAAUCGCACCUAUAUGAAGCUGGGACCGGAAGCUUUCAGGUUCGAUGGUGGUGUUGAAGCCAUUGCCACCAGGCAGAAUGAAAAGUACUACAUCCUACGGCCAGAGGUUGUUGAGACUUACAUGUACAUGUGGCGACUGACUCAUGAUCCAAAGUACAGGAAAUGGGCCUGGGAAGCCGUAGAGGCCCUGGAAAAUCACUGCCGAGUGAACGGAGGCUAUUCAGGCCUAAGGGAUGUUUACCUCAGACACGAGAGUUACGACGACGUGCAGCAGAGUUUCUUCCUGGCAGAGACACUCAAAUAUUUGUACUUAAUAUUUUCUGAUGAUGAUCUACUUCCACUGGAACACUGGAUCUUCAAUACCGAGGCACAUCUUCUCCCUGUACUCUGUACGAAUAAAAAGGAAGUUGAAGUCAAUGAAAAAUAAAAAGACAUUUUAUAUUUUA